AUGUUCGUAGAAAAUGACUUUAACGUAAGGGACGGUGGUGGUGCGUCGGCUAGCGACGACGGUGGGCCUUUGGAACGAAUCGUCUCGCGCUCGUUCGAAGGAAAAAGUAGAACCCAAAGUUUGUUCAAAAAACAUGGACUUCUAAAUAGGGCUGUGUUCCAUCGCGCCAGCCACAACGGCGGCGGCUAUAUAUAUCAUCAUUUCCACAGCUCCAACGGUACAUACACAGACGAAACGCCGACAAGGCUCCGAGAUAUUCCUUCAGUUUUCCGAAUUAUUUAUUCUCUUUCAACAUCCAAGAAAGCUGAAGGAAACAGUGAUUGUGAGAUGGGUUAUUGUAUGAAGCACCGUGACAAUGUCUCUUCUAGGCUCGUUUCAUCAUCGUCCACUCUCACUCCCUCCAAGCACUCUUUAUCAAAGCCCAAUUCUCUGCACCUUUUUUUCUACUCAAACCCAAAAAGAAAUUCAUCAUCUUUAAACCUUCAAUCCCGGCCAUCGAUUGUUCAUUCAGCAAAAUCUUCUGUUGGAGUGAACUCAAUUCGAAGCGAGCGAGGGGUGGGUAGUACCGACAAUGAUUCAGAGAACGGAGGAGUGUUCAAUAAGCCGAAAUUGGGCAAAAGAACAGAUCUAAAGAAGAUUUUGAUACUAGGUGCAGGGCCUAUUGUUAUUGGGCAAGCUUGUGAGUUUGAUUAUUCGGGUACUCAGGCUUGUAAGGCACUGAGAGAGGAGGGAUAUGAAGUGAUUCUUAUUAAUUCCAAUCCGGCCACCAUUAUGACUGACCCAGAUAUGGCGGAUAGGACUUAUAUUGAGCCAAUGACGCCGGAAUUAAUCGAACAAGUGCUCGAGAAGGAGAGGCCUGACGCUCUAUUGCCUACCAUGGGUGGGCAGACUGCACUUAACCUUGCCGUGGCAUUGGCUGAAAGUGGGGCACUAGAUAAGUAUGGGGUUGAAUUGAUUGGAGCAAAGCUGGAAGCUAUCAAGAAGGCAGAGGAUAGAGAUUUGUUCAAACAAGCUAUGAAGAAUAUUGGGCUCAAGACGCCUCCUUCGGGUAUUGGGACUAGUUUAGAGGAGUGCAAUGAAAUUGCCAAUUCGAUUGGGGAGUUCCCUUUGAUUAUAAGGCCAGCAUUCACUCUAGGUGGGACUGGAGGUGGGAUUGGUUAUAAUAGGGAGGAGUUCGAGGCAAUCUGUAAGUCGGGUCUCGCUGCUAGCUUGACAUCACAGGUUUUGGUGGAGAAAUCUCUGUUGGGAUGGAAGGAAUAUGAGCUUGAGGUUAUGAGAGACUUAGCAGACAAUGUUGUUAUCAUAUGCUCUAUUGAGAAUAUUGACCCAAUGGGGGUCCAUACUGGUGACUCAAUCACUGUGGCUCCUGCACAGACCUUGACGGAUAAGGAGUACCAGCGACUUAGGGAUUACUCGAUUGCUAUCAUAAGGGAAAUUGGAGUUGAAUGUGGUGGUUCAAAUGUUCAAUUUGCUAUCAAUCCCAAUGAUGGGGAGGUUAUGAUAAUUGAGAUGAAUCCUAGAGUUUCAAGGUCUUCAGCUCUGGCCUCAAAAGCUACUGGUUUUCCAAUAGCAAAGAUGGCAGCAAAAUUGUCCAUUGGUUACUCUCUGGAUCAAAUUCCUAAUGACAUCACAAAGAAAACGCCGGCUAGUUUUGAACCUUCCAUAGACUAUGUGGUAACAAAGAUACCCCGUUUUGCAUUCGAGAAAUUCCCAGGAUCUCAGCCGAUACUAACAACCCAGAUGAAAUCUGUUGGUGAAUCCAUGGCAGUAGGCCGCACAUUCCAAGAAUCUUUUCAGAAAGCAGUUCGAUCAUUGGAAUGUGGCUAUUCUGGAUGGGGUUGCGCGCAGGUCAAGGAGCUAGACUGGGACUGGGACCAGUUAAAGUACAGCCUUCGGGUCCCUAGUCCAGAUCGCAUCCAUGCUAUUUAUGCUGCCUUGAAGAGGGGGAUGAAGGUGGAUGACAUUCAUGAGCUUAGUUACAUUGACAGAUGGUUUCUUACUCAGCUGAAGGAGCUGGUCUAUGUGGAACAAUACCUCUUAGCCCGGAGUUUACCUCUUUUGACAAAGGAUGACUUUUAUGAAGUGAAAAAGAGAGGUUUCAGUGAUAGGCAGAUAGCUUUCGCAACAAGAUCCAGUGAGAAAGAAGUCCGCUCGAAGCGGUUAUCUUUAGGUGUUAAACCAGCAUAUAAACGAGUUGACACAUGCGCUGCAGAAUUUGAGGCUGAUACUCCUUACAUGUACUCAUCUUAUGACACUGAAUGUGAAUCAGCCCCCACCCACAGGAAAAAAGUUUUGAUUUUAGGUGGUGGGCCAAAUCGGAUUGGUCAGGGUAUUGAGUUCGACUAUUGCUGCUGCCAUACGUCUUUCGCCCUUCAGGAUGCAAACUAUGAAACAAUCAUGAUGAAUUCGAACCCUGAGACAGUGUCUACGGACUAUGACACAAGUGAUCGUCUCUACUUUGAACCUCUUACAGUUGAAGAUGUUUUUAACGUCAUUGACUUGGAAAGACCUGAUGGCAUCAUUGUGCAGUUUGGAGGUCAAACGCCGCUGAAACUGGCCCUUCCGAUUCAGCAGUACUUAGACGAGCACAAGCCUAAUUGUAGCAGUGGAAUUGGGUAUGUUCGCAUUUGGGGUACAUCACCGGAUUCCAUUGAUGCUGCUGAGGACAGGGAGAGAUUCAAUGCAAUCCUGAAGGAACUAAAAAUUGAGCAGCCAAAAGGAGGCAUUGCAAAGAGUGAUGCAGAUGCUCUUGCCAUUGCAGCAGACAUAGGAUACCCAGUUGUUGUCCGGCCUUCCUAUGUGUUGGGUGGUCGGGCAAUGGAGAUUGUUUAUAGUGAUGAAAAGCUUGUGACCUACCUUGAAAAUGCUGUUGAGGUGGACCCGGAACGUCCUGUUUUGGUUGACAAAUAUUUAUUGGACGCCAUAGAGAUUGAUAUUGAUGCACUUGCAGACUCCCAUGGAAAUGUCGUGAUUGGUGGGAUAAUGGAGCACAUAGAGCAAGCUGGGGUCCAUUCAGGUGACUCAGCUUGCAUGAUACCCACCCAGAACGUUUCACCUUCAUGCUUGGACACAAUAAGGACAUGGACUAUGAAAUUGGCAAAGAGGCUAAAAGUGUGUGGCCUCAUGAAUUGUCAGUAUGCAAUCACAGCUACUGGGGAUGUCUUUUUGCUAGAGGCUAACCCCCGUGCAUCCCGUACGGUUCCUUUUGUGUCCAAGGCAAUUGGUCACCCUUUAGCUAGGUAUGCUUCUCUUGUCAUGUCCGGGAUGUCUCUUCAUGACAUAAAUUUCACAAGAGAGGUUAUCCCGAGACAUGUAUCGGUGAAGGAAGUUGUUCUUCCAUUUGAAAAAUUCCAAGGUUGUGAUGUGUUUCUAGGUCCUGAGAUGCGUAGUACUGGUGAGGUAAUGGGUAUUCACUUUGAAUCUUCAAUUGCUUUUGCCAAGGCCCACAUAGCAACUGGUCAGAAGCUACCAGUUUCUGGCACUGUGUUCCUCAGCUUAAAUGACUUGACCAAACCCCACCUUGCCACCAUUGCCCGUGCCUUUCUAGGGAUUGGAUUUAGAAUUGUUUCUACUUCUGGAACAGCACGUGUUCUUGAAUUAGAUGGCAUUCCAGUGGAGUGUGUUCUGAAGAUGCAUGAAGGGCGGCCACAUGCCGGUGAUAUGAUUGCUAAUGGACAGAUACAAUUGAUGGUUAUCACAAGUUCAGGUGAUAAGCUUGACCAGAUUGAUGGGCGUAAGCUGAGGAGGAUGGCUCUUGCUUACAAGAUUCCUGUAAUAACAACAGUGGCUGGAGCAUUGGCUACUGCUGAGGCAAUUAGGAGCUUGAUAUGCAGUAAGGUCGAGAUGAUGGCGCUUCAAGACUACUUUAAUGCUGAGAAGGAUGCAGGGACCAGUAAAAACUUUCAGUCCAUCUCUUCCUCUCUUCUUAUUAACUAGGUGUUUCAGGUUAGUACUUUUUUCUUUUCAAUUUGUUAUGUAUUUUUUUAUGUGUCUCCGUCAAUUUUUUUCUGGACAGCAUUUUUACUGUGGUAAUCUGUUUUUGGCAAUUAUGUGGUUUUCUUGUUUAUUUUAAUGAGGAUAUGGAUGCUAAGUUUGGCUAAGUUUCAUGUUUUAAAUUGGAAUUUGUUGUGAAUUAAGAAGAUUACAGAAAGCUUAGGAUGCAAUUAUUGUUGAUUACUGUUUGAAGUUUCAGGUACAUGCUUGACUUACGAAUAUAUUACUAGCACUGGCUUCACUUUUGAAGUUCAUAUCCUUGAUGGUGUUUCUGAUUGUUUUUGGUACAGAGACUUUGCUUGAUAAGUGUUAUCGUUUAACCUCAAUUAACUGGGAAAUGAGUCUUCCAUUGUCGUCUUUCAUUUUUACACUGCCUCGUUUCCUUUUUAGUAGUCUUUUGAUAAGUAUGCUCUGUGCUUGAACUUCAACAAUAGUCAAACUUGAUUAGAGGGAUCAAGCACCAAAUUUAGUGCCCAA